ACAAUGCGCAUGCUCCGGAAACGUUGCUGUGAUGCAAGAUGCAAUUCGUCUGACGUCUGACUUGUAUGAGGCGUAUUCAUGAUUAUUAGCGUGUAUAUACUUGAAAAUGGCUGCUGCCUUCAGAAUUAAGCACGCUCUUAAAUUAGGAAGAUCUCUUUCGAGAGCGUUAAAUAGGAAUUUGCAAGAGAAAAUAAUCCAGUCGCAAUGCCAACGACUACCAGUUGUCUACAAUGUACGACAUUGGUCGUCUCAACCAGAAGCUCAAACUACAGAGUACCAUAAUAUUAUAAAAGACACAGAGAAAGCUACAGGUGAGUGUGCCAAGCAUGAAUUUCAGUCAGAGACGCAAAUGUUACUGCAAAUUGUUGCGAAGUCUUUAUAUUCAGAUAAGGAGGUAUUUGUACGCGAGCUUGUUUCAAACGCUAGCGACGCACUAGAGAAAUUAAGAUAUCUACGUCUGAGCGACAACGAAGUUGCACAAGCGGCUGGCGACAGAAGCCUGGAGAUACAUAUUGGCACUGACAAACAAAGUCGUACUCUAACAAUCCAAGAUACUGGCGUGGGAAUGACUAGAGAGGAAUUGAUAGCCAAUUUGGGAACUAUAGCUCGAUCUGGCUCCAAGGCUUUUUUAGAAAAAUUGAAAGAAGAACAAAACUCCAGUGACACUUCCAAAAUUAUUGGACAGUUUGGGGUUGGAUUUUACAGUGCCUUCAUGGUUGCUGAUAAAGUAGAAGUAUUUACAAAGUCUUUUGCGAGAGACGCAGAAGGUCUUUGUUGGAUUUCAGAUGGAUCAGGUACAUUUGAGAUUUCAAAUGCGGACGGAGUGCAACCAGGCACAAAAAUUGUUAUACAUCUGAAACCAGACAGCCGAGAAUUCAGUGACGAAUAUACCAUUAAUCGUAUUAUCAACAAAUACAGUAAUUUUGUCGGCAGUCCUAUUUUUGUGAAUGGAAAGAGGACUAAUACGAUUCAGCCAUUGUGGAUGUUUGACCCGAAAGAUGUCACGUCGCUGCAACAUGCAGAAUUUUAUCGAUUCGUAGGAAAUUGUAUUGAUUCACCAAGAUUUGUGCUACAUUAUUCGACGGACGUGCCGUUAACUAUCAAGGCUCUGUUAUACUUCCCAGAGGAAAAGCCUGGAUUAUUUGAUCUGGCGAGAGAUACUACCAGUGGAGUGUCGCUUUACAACCGGAAGAUUCUAAUUAAAAGCAAAGCGGAGAAUAUCUUACCAAAAUGGUUACGUUUCAUUAAAGGCGUAGUAGAUUCGGAAGACAUACCAUUGAAUUUAAGCCGCGAACUACUACAAAAUAGUACAUUGAUUGGGAAAUUACGAACUGUGCUGACUGCACGUAUACUAAAAUUCCUACAUGAGCGAUCUAUGAAGCAGCCGGAAGAGUAUAAUGAGUUUUACAAGACCUAUGGCUUGUUUUUAAAAGAGGGCAUUGUAACUAGUAAUGAUCAGUCUGAAAAGGAAGAUAUAGGCAAACUUCUGCGAUUUGAAUCUUCUGCUGCUGCUCCGGGGGAAUUAGUCAGUCUGCCGCAAUAUUGCAGCCGUUUAGCGAAAGAUCAAAAAGAUGUAUAUUAUUUGUCAGCGCCAAGCCGUACUCUAGCCGAGCAAUCGCCGUAUUAUGAAUCUUUAAAGAAACGAAAUAUUGAAGUUCUCUUCUGCUAUGAACCAUAUGAUGAAUUAGUAUUAAUACAUUUGAGACAGUAUAAAUCUAACUUUUUGACAUCUGUGGAGAAAGAAAUGCGGGAUGAUACGGAAGCAAAUAAACCAGAAAAUUUAGGUAUUAUAAAUAAGGAUGAACUGGAUAACCUUGUAAACUACAUGAAGAAGAUUCUCGAUAAAAAAGCGUACGAUGUUAAGAUGACGAAUCGUUUAGAGUCACAUCCUUGUGUUGUAACCGUUCAAGAUAUGGCAAGCGCGAGGCACUUUAUUCGCAUACAGAGCCAUCAAAUGAAUGAAGAGAUGCGAUAUUCCAUGCUUCAACCGCGCUUUGAGAUAAAUCCAAAUCAUCCUCUUAUCAAAAAGUUGUGUAAACUAACAACUACCGAUACCGAAUUAGCUGAUCGCCUAAUACAACAGUUGUUUACCGGUGCCAUGGUCGGAGCUGGUUUAAUUGAAGAUCCACGUAUAUUAUUGACACCAAUGAAUGAAUUACUUACCUUAGCAUUGCAAAAAUAUUAAGAUAUAGAAAAAUGGAUUAUGGAUAUGGAUAAUCAAUAUUGUUCUAUGAUUUAGAAAUAAAAGAAUAUUCUCUUUUAUAUCUAUA